GACGAGUGUGAGUUGGGUGAGGACACGUGUGAGAGCAACCAGCAAUGCUACAACACGGGCGGCUCGUACAUGUGUCGGGACAAGCGACGCUGUCACCCCGGCUACGAGAUGAACAAGGACGGAAGCGAAUGCGUCGAUAUCGACGAGUGCGGGUCGAGGCCCGGUCUAUGUCCCGAUAGACGGCACUGUGUGAACACUCCGGGUUCGUUCCGGUGUCGGGGCGACCUGCAUUGUAGCGACGGACGACGCGCCAACGACGAUGGCACCGAGUGUAUAGACAUAGACGAGUGUGCGGAGUUGGCGCACGACUGCGCGCCCGACCAGCGCUGUGAGAACACUCCGAACAGCUUCGUCUGUCGCUGCCAAGACGGCUACGUCUUCAACAGUCACCUUGGCAGAUGUGAAGAGCUGUACGCCCGCAACGACUGCAACGAGGGGUUCUCCUGGCACCGCCGCACAAAGACCUGCCAAGAUGUGGAUGAGUGUAGGGAGAGGCCAGGCUACUGCCAGCACCGCUGCGUGAACACUGACGGCUCCUUCCGCUGUUCGUGUCAGCGGGGAUUCCGACUACUGGACGACGGGAGGUCCUGCCAGGAGGAGAGGAGAGAGAGAGAGGAGACUCAGGGCUUACACGGAGGAGGAGGAGACGCCGCGGCCCCGGAACAGACGCGUUCCAACGGGGAGGAGAGGACACGAGAAGAGAGGACACGAGAAGAGAGGACACGAGAAGAGAGGAACCGAGAAGAGAGGAACCGAGAAGAGAGAAACAGAGCGGAGAGGAAUAGAGAGGAGAGGAGAAGAGAGAACGCGGAAGGAGGAGAGAGGAACGGUCAGAGACCCGACGAUGACGAAAACAAUGUCCAGUCUGUUGUUCACGAUCAAGCUCAAACUCAAGGUCAGGAGACGGGAGGCGGAGGUCAAGUGGUGACCCGUUACCAGCGGCUGGAGGUCAGUGGUGGAAACGGAGGCGGAAACGGAGGCGGAAUCGGGGGUGUCACGUGCACGGGAAACUGCCCGCCGAUGUUCGGCGGAUCCGGAAGUCGCUGGAGAGGUGGCGCCGGAUAUUGCCCUAACGGAUUCCGGAUGUCGCCGACGGGAAGGACGUGCCAAGAUAUUAACGAGUGUGCGCUCAACCCAUGCGUCUCUGCAGACGAGAUUUGUCUGAACACACCAGGAAGCUACAUGUGUCACCCGAUAACAUGUCCCAACCACUACGUGAAGGACCCAAGCACCUUCAGUACGGAGGCAAAAGUAAAGGAUGCGGAGGACAUGCCGGGAACGUGUAGCCCUGUGUUGCCAGGGAAACGCGGUCCUGUGACGGGCGUCUCACCGGAGGAUGUGUUCAGUGCCAAGCGACCGAGAGUUGGUGUGCUCUCUCAGCCAAAGAAGACUUGA